CUGGGAAAGUAGUGCUCCGGCGUCACCUGGAGACGAGCUGUCAAUCAUGAGUAAUUCGCUGGGUGAUUGGUGAAGGGCGGAUCAUUGUCGGGCAGUUCCGCUAGAGCAGCGCUCACUUAGAGAAGGCUGCAGCAACUGGAGCGCAGUGAUCAAUUCUCCAUUGAGUCAGAAUAGAUAGCAGGCUCCUGCUUGCAUUUUACUGAGUUCCUGACUCCAGGCCUGGUCUAAAAUAUUCUCAGGCGCCUGGAAUCUGGUGACUGCAGCAAAAACGACACUUUAUUUUUCGGCCGAAAUCUGCAAGUCUUUUCUCUUUAGCGGAGCACGAAAGGUUGACUGGCCUGGACUUUGGGAAUUGUCCGAGGGACACGCUGCCUUUUCCCUGGCUUUGGAAGAUCGCCAUUCGUUAGUAUGAUGUCAUACCUCAAGCAGGCUCCGUACGGGAUGAACGGUCUCGGGCUGAGUGGCCCUGGGAUGGAGUUACUCCAUCACUCGGUGGGAUAUCCCGCGACCCCGCGCAAACAGCGGAGAGAGCGCACCACAUUCACCCGCUCCCAGCUCGAUGUGUUGGAGUCUCUGUUCGCAAAAACUCGUUACCCUGACAUCUUCAUGAGAGAGGAAGUGGCGUUAAAAAUUAAUCUUCCCGAAUCCAGAGUGCAGGUUUGGUUUAAGAACCGCCGAGCUAAAUGCCGCCAGCAACAGCAGAACGGGGGCGGCGGCGGCAGCAAGGCCAGGCCGCCCAAGAAGAAGUGUUCCCCGGGCCGGGAGAGCAGCGGCUCAGACAGCAGCGGGCAGUUCACGCCGCCAGCCGCCUCCAGCUCCUCGGGCAGCGGCCCCAGCACCAACUCGAACCCGGCCUCGGUGCUCAGCACUCCGGCGGCGGCAGCGUCCAUCUGGAGCCCGGCGUCAAUCUCCCCGGGGGCGGCGGGCCCUGAAGCUCUGAGCGCCGCCGGCGCCUCGUGUAUGCAGCGCUGUCCGUCCGGCUCGGGCAGUGCCUACCCGCUGGCGUACGGCCAGGGCAGCGGCUACAGCGGGGCCUAUCCCGCCUCAUCUUCCUACUUCAGCGGCGUGGAUUGCAGCUCGUACCUGGCACCCAUGCACUCCCACCACCCUCCCCACCCUCACCACCAACUCUCUGCCCAUAGUACCACUGCGCUCAGCCCAAUGAGCAGCUCCCCAAUGCCAGGGCACCACCUCAGUCAGAGCCCAGCUCACCAGGGCUACAGCGGGCCAGGACUGGCGUUCAACUCCGCCGACUGUCUGGAUUAUAAAGAGCAAGCAACAUCUUGGAAACUCAACUUCAACACCAGUGACUGUUUGGAUUAUAAAGAGCAGGCUCCCUCCUGGAAGUUCCAAGUUUUGUGAAACUCGGUUUAACGCUCCAGAUUUGGAGCCUUUUAAUCAUUCUCCAACCCCAUUUUCUGAACUUGUUGCUUCUCUGUUCUGAUUUGACGGAGAGAACAGGCUGGGACUUCACGUUGUUAACUGUUUGCUGGGUUCAUUUCCAUUUUUCCGUCUCUUUUAGGUGUUGACAAUCAAAGCUGGUGUCUGUUUUAAUUGGAUUAUGCUGAGUGUAGGUGUUUGAGACAGAACCAAUCUCAUUGUCAUGCCCUAGGAUGCAACAUUACUGUACAACACAAACCUGCUAAAACCUUUCAAUAAAGUGUAUUGAACGAAA